AUGACCAUGAGUGUGGUGAUACAGAAUAUGGAGAGUGGGGAGGCCUACGUCUUCUGCAAGGGCUCCCAUGAGGCUGUCCUGUCGAGGUGCAACUUCCAUCGUGGGGAGGAGAGUGCAGGAUCGGAUACUCGUGAGGUCUUCGAAGGCCUCGUGGUCUCGGCGGCCGAGCAGUACGCUGCUGAAGGGUGCUAUGUGCUGGCUAUUGCUGCUCGGAAGCUUAGUGGGGGGUCGAAAGAUCGAUCGGCCUCUCGUCAAGAGCUGGAGUCGGGCCUGUCUUUGUUGGGACUGCUGUUGUUCCGCAAUGAGCUUAAGCCGGACUCCAAACGCCAUAUUGAGUGCCUCAAGGCUGGUGGUAUCGAUAGUGUCAUGAUUACUGGUGACUCGGUCCUCACUGGUGCGACGGUGGGCCGGAAAGUCGGUAUCAUACCGCGGGCUGACAGAGUUGUGAUUGGUGGGGCCUCCGCUGAAGGGACGGAUAUCGAGUGGCGUGACAUGGACUCCCAUGAGAUAGUCCCAGAGACCGCUGUGUGCGGCCCAGGGACUCGGCCGACGUCGCUCUGUGUGACGGGGGCAUGCUUCGCGGCAUUGCUGCGUUCGGGGAAGCUCGCCCCUUUGAUGGGCUGCCGAGGGGAAUGUGAGAACAGUUUGCUUUCUCCGGGGGCUCGGAGACCUGGCCUGGUGGACUGUAGUUGUGCCCGUAUACGGGUAUUUGGUCGUAUGACACCUCAUCAAAAGGUGUCGGUUAUUACAGCGUAUUCCCGUCCACCUCUGAAUCUAAUAACUGGUAUGUGUGGUGAUGGUGGUAAUGAUAGUGGAGCCCUCAGGGCCGCAGCUGCCGGUCUGGCUCUGAGUGGUAGAGUCGAGGCGAGUGUAGCUGCACCAUUCAGUACGGAUAGCCCCAGUAUUGGCUCAUUGGUACUACUACUCAGAGAGGCCCGAGGGUCCCUCUGCACUUCAUUCGCCUCCUAUCGGUUCCUGGUCGUGAGGGGCAUACUCGGUGCUUUGGGCAAGAUCGUCCUUUUAUCUAUGGUGGGAGCAUACUUGGCUCCACUCGGCUACCUCUUCCACGACCUCAUUAUGACCCCUCUCUUCUUAUGGGCUAUCUCAAUGGCUCGGCCGGCUCGAACUCUGGCAGCAGUUGCCCCUGAGGGCAGUCUUCUAGGCCCUGGUAUGGUCACAGCAUCUGUUCUCACCGUACUCCUGUUGACUCUGGUCCUCCUCACGGCCUUGGGCAUACUAUAUCUGCAAGAUGGCGAGUCGUGGUUUAUCCGCUUCAACGAUGAGUCAAGUGACAUUCACGAGUGGCAGAAGCGAUCUGAUAACUUUGAAGCGGCCUUGACUUGGGUGUGGAUGUCCUGGGCUACCAUCGAUGUUGCUGUGUGCUACUCCUAUGGUCACGUGUACCGUCGGGCUGUGUACGUAGCCCUGGGUCUAGGCUGUGCCCACUUGCCCACUUCCAGGUAUCGUAAUCUGGCGUUGAUGGUUACUGUCAUUGCCCUUGGUGUGCCC